AUGGCUUCGAACGAUAGAUUGUUGCCUCCUGAACAAUUUCAUAUCAAGCGUCGACGAGAGGAGGAGCCUGUUGACACGCUUUACAUCCAAUCUGAGCUGCAACAAAAAAAGCGGCGUUUUACAGACUUUGUCUUUCAAAGAGUCAAAAUCCCAAGUGAUUCUGCUGCGCGCGACAGUGCUGGAGAUGAUGUCCCGUCGUCAUCACCAUCAGCUGCUGCAACUGCAGUUAUUCAGGACCGCUUACGCAGUCCCAGAUCUGUAAGCACAUCUGGCUUUCCGAGUAGCAGUCGACUCAGACCUGCCGGAAUCCCAGCAGGAAUAAGUGGUAUCCCCACUGUUCGAGCAACUUCGCCGGGUGCAGAGUUCCGGAGUGAACAUGCUGCCGCCGAUUCUCGACGUCAAGAAUUUGACACAAAACGUAAGCGGCUUGAAGAGCCUAUCAGUAAAUUCUUAGGGGUUUCGGAUGGACUUUCAGAUCGAGAGAAUGAGAAAUCUGCGACUAGUUCUAGGACUGGGACGCCUACAUCGUCGAUUCAGAUGCCGCCUCUCAGUGCGAAUCCUGCACCAUUCCCGACGUCUCUUCGUCGAUUCCACAUCUCGCGCCCCAGUACUCCGCUGAGCGUGGCUGCUGGAAGUGGAGUGUCCAAAGGCAAUGCGCCCAGUCGAGCUCGAGCCAUUCUCGUCGAGAAACUUACUCGUGCCCCUUCUCUUAGAGGUGUUUCAGUUCUUGAGACACUGGAGAAGACAGCCGGAACCGAUUCUGAGAUAGAUACAGUGGUUCAAUCCCAGCUAGCCAAAACACAACCCGAGGAAGAAGCAGUGCCAGCAAGGAGAAAGCGACCUAUCGUCAAUAAGGCAGAGAAGCAAUGGAGAGAACAGCAAAAAUCAACCAUUUCCGCUGCCAAGGAACAUUUGACGACCAAGUAUGAGCCUCAGUCGGACGAUCUGGACAGGUUGGCGAAAGAGCUUGAAGAGGUCAUGCUCGAUAUUGAAGCGGAGGAGAACCGGAUGGAUAUUCAUCAUGGGCCACCAUCUGCACCAGCCCCUGUUGAUGUACCGCAGCGACCAAAGGGGCCGUUGAAAUACAAGCCCCGUAAUCCGGUUGCUCGAAAGACAGCUCCAACCGAGGUACCGCGCGUGGCUGAGGCACAGCCUGAUAAAUUGGAGCAAGAAGCAGAGCCAGAAAUGGAUAGUGACGGCGACUACGUCUACGAUACUUAUAUCCGUGUCCCGAUCCACACAUUCUCAUCCUCGGUUGCAGCAUCUACACCACAAUCAGACCUUACAGGCCACAAUGAUCCAUUAUCCGAGGCAAAUAUACUAGGCGGCAUCAGCAUCGAUCCUACACGCACCGAUAUCGGUGUUGUGAUCAUUACAUCCGAUGACGAAGAUAUCUGGGAUCAAUAUCUAGAAGAAGACCAGGACUCCGAGGUAGAUUGGGACGGCGAUGAUGUCGAUUCUAACGCCGAGGAUAAUCCUGCAAACGACUACCCGGACGACGAACUCUCGUCUGCAGAUGAGUACGACGAUAAUCCGAGUAUUUACCGUCGCUAUCGGACUGCGAACUCUGAUGAUGAAGAGUUUGAUAUCGAUGAGUUUGAUGAUGGGGCCGAUGAUGCUGAUUAUAGAAAGUACAUGUAUGACUACAUUGGGGAUGACGAUGAUGAAGAUUGA